GGUCUGAGAUAAUUCUGCCUCUGCUGCGGAAGGUUGGCCGCGCUCAAAACCAGAUUCCUUCUUGGCAAUUACUAGAAAAACGUACACCUGUACGAGAGAAGUCGAAGGUUUCUUUUCAAAAUGGUGGCGAAAUUGCGGUAGGCGCUUGAAGGUUUCUCAAUGAAGCGGCAGAAAUGAGAAAUAGAAGGAAAUGGUUGGCCCACAAGAGACCGGAACCACAGAUCAGCCCGACCAUCGCGGGCUGUUCGGAUAGAAGAGUAACCACGCCUGUUUCUGUUACCAUCGUUCAUGCGUUGGGAUUUGGUUGUUGCAGCGAAAUUCCUCCUUCGUCGUCGCUAAAGAUGUGAAUUAGAUCUGCACGAUGGAGUGGGUAAUCCUUUGUUAGUUUAGAUCACCACCAUUUUUCGGUGAGUUUACGCUUCGGUGCUUGCAGAAGAAGGUUACGUGCCUGUGCCAUCCUUUUUCGGGUACCCGAUUCCUUUUUUGUGAGCGUAAAACGAUUGACGCUGAGCAAAAAAUACCCUUCUUCCGAGAAAUGCCACCAUCUUGAGGAAACCACUAUGUAAGUACAUCGACAUUUUUGAUUUCGGAAUAAAAAGGAUGCUACCUUUUGAAUCAUCCAGCGCGUGCGCUGUGCUUUUUUCAGAAUGAGGAGAUCAUUGGAAAAUAAAAGAAUGGGGUUUCCUUACCUUCUCGCCCAUGAGAUACACCAAGUCGGAGAAGAUUGGUGGAGGUGAGUACCCGGUCGGACUUGCAAGCAAGACUGAGGUCCUUGCAUGGUUUUGAUGUGCCCACGUGAUUUCUGUGAAUGUAAUUUGGUGUAUGACAGAGAAAAUUGAUUCCCACCGUCUUGAACAGUUUUCACUACACCUCUAAAUUUUUACGGCGGUUCCCUAUAUUGCCUUAAACACCAAUUUGGGCAUAUCUAUUUCUUCAUGUAUCAGUAGAAAUUUAUUUCGUAUCGUAUGCAAUACUGCAAUGGGUGAUGGCCGGAUUCCACAUUCAGUUGGAUUUGAAAGAAGGAGAUACUUGUUCUGCCUCUUCACUGUGUCUGUGUUUGUCUUCGUCUUCUCGUGGUUCUUUUUCCUCCAAUCAGCAGGAUCCCCGCAUUUCAUUGAACACGGUUUUCUGCCUGACAAAAAGCUCUUCUCUGUAGUUGACAAUUUUAAAUCAACACCGAGGGACCUUAGCAAAGAGCAUCAUGAAUCGCCGCCUACAAUAGCAACCAUCCAGGACGAAGUUAAAGAACAACCCAGCGCUUGUGAGCCUAACAAGACGACUCUGAAAGUUUUUAUGUAUGACCUGCCUUCUGAAUUUCAUUUUGGUUUGCUAGGCUGGAAAGGGACAGACAGCGUUUGGCCUGAUAUCUCGAACGGAGUUCCAGAUUAUCCUGGUGGAUUAAAUCUUCAACAUAGUACAGAAUAUUGGCUUACUUUGGAUCUUUUAUCAUCUAGGUUUUCUAACAGAAGAGGCCCUUGUAAUGCUGUAAGAGUUGACAAUUCCAGUAAGGCUGAUAUCAUAUUUGUUCCAUUUUUCUCUUCAUUGAGUUAUAAUCGGUAUUCAAAGGUGAACCCGAAAGAAAAAGUAAGCUUGAAUAGGGCAUUACAGGAUAAACUGGUAGCUUAUCUAAGAGUGCAGCACGAAUGGAAGAGAUCAGGUGGACGUGAUCAUGUGAUACUUGCACAUCACCCAAACAGUAUGCUGGACGCAAGGAUGAAGUUGUGGCCAUGCAUGUUUAUACUUUCUGACUUUGGAAGGUAUCCUCCGAAUGUAGCAAACAUAGACAAGGAUAUUAUUGCUCCUUACAAGCAUGUCAUCAGAAAUUAUGAUAAUGAUUCGUCCACCUUUGAUAGCCGGCCUAUCUUGCUGUAUUUUCAAGGAGCAAUUUACCGCAAAGAUGGUGGAUAUAUUCGACAGGAGCUAUACUAUAUUCUUAAAGAUGAGAAGGAUGUGCACUUUUCUUUUGGCAGCAUACGUGGAGGUGGGAUAAAUCAAGCAACUAAAGGAAUGCAUUCUUCCAAAUUCUGUUUGAACAUUGCUGGUGACACACCAUCCUCCAAUCGUCUGUUUGAUGCUAUUGCCAGCCAUUGUGUGCCUGUUAUUAUUAGCGAUGAAAUUGAGCUCCCUUAUGAAGACGUCCUUGACUACUCAGAAUUCUGCAUUUUUGUCCGUACAUCUGAUGCUCUUAAAGAAGGCUUUCUCAUUAAAUUAGUUAGAAGCAUCACAAAGGAAGAAUGGAUGAAAAUGUGGGAAAGGUUAAAGGAAAUUGAGCACCAUUUUGAGUAUCAAUACCCAUCCCAGGGUGAUGAUGCUGUUCAAAUGAUUUGGAAAGCAGUAUCACGUAAAGUUCCAUCAAUCAGAUUGAAGCUCAACAGGAGCAACCGGUUUAGAAGAUCUAUGGUUCAAAUGCCAUGAAAAUUUAUUACAGAUGAAGAUGCAAAGUAGAAAUGGUGUAUGUUUCUUAGUGUGAUUUUGCGCUCUUUCAGGAAUAGUAAAUCUUGUCAGUGCAUGGACUGAAGUGCUCGACCGUGACAAAUUCCAUCAAUGGCAACUUGUUUGAGGUAAUCAGACACAACUGAACUUUUCUCUUGCCUGGUGACAAAAAAGUUGAAGAUGGGGAAAAGGGAGAGAACGUUUUUAGGGUUUUUAUAAAACUUAAUUUGCUGGAUGUUUUUUUUUUUUCUCUUAAAUCUGGAAGAGUAUUGAGCACAAAAAAAAUUCAUGGACAUGACAAUCUGCACUGAACAUGGGGAAUUUUUUUUUGCUACUCUAUAUAUCUGUCUUAAUUUUCAUCA